CAAAUCGUAAGUGAAAAUUUCGUCGAAUUCCAAAAUUCGGCGAGCUCAAUAUAUUACGAGAGAGACCUAAAAUCAAUCAAUCAAAAAUUAUUUAAAUGAGUUCUUCCAAUUCCUCGCAUUUGGCAAAUGGCUCCAAAAAGCCAGAGGAAGUAAAGGAUCAAGCACGUUUGUACAGUAUGAAAUAUUGUCCUUUUGCUCACAGAAUACGACUCAUACUUACUCUAAAACAGAUUCCUCAUGACAUUGUCAAUAUCAACUUGCAGAAUAAGCCGGACUGGUACUUCCAGAUUCACCCAGAGGGCAAAGUACCGGCUUUUAUAGAUGCAGAUAGAACAGUAGUAACAGACUCUGUUGAAAUAGCAAACUACUUGAAUCAAAAAUAUCCUGUGCCUCCUUUAUACAACGAUGAAUCAAAAAGUCAUGAUUUAGAGUUAUUAGAUAAUUUUUCUAAGAUUAUAGAUAUUUUUUCGAAUUGCAUACACGACAAGGAUAAGAGACCAUUUGAAGUGAUUCUAAUUGAGACGAUGGACAAUUUACAAGAAUUUGAAGAAGAGCUUGGUAUACGUAAAACACCAUUUUUUGGAGGAAAUAAUCCUGGUAUGUUGGAUAUUUUAAUGUGGCCCUGGUUUGAACGUGCAAAGGCUCUGACUAUACUUUACAAACAGCGUGCAAGUCUUGACAAGGAGAGAUUUCCUAAUCUUAUGGAUUGGUUAGAUGAAAUGAAAAAUCAGUGGUUUGUCGAGGAACACAAAUGCUCGUAUGAAAAGUUUGCCAAAUUUAUAGAAGCUUCAAAAGCAGGAAACGCUGAUUACGACAAUAUUUAAACAUAUUUACGUAAUAUAUCGUAAAAUGCCGCAGGAAUAAACAGAAUUGCUUAAUUGACAUAAUAACAUGACAGUAUUAA